ACAUCGAAACACAACUCUCUGUUUACCAUUAAAAAUUCGCAUCAAAUCGGGAGAUUUUUUAGAAUUCAUCAUGUCAAUUCCCAGAAUAAUGGUCUUUCGUCCUACUUGGGAGGAAUUCCAAGAUUUCUCCGGCUACAUUAAGUAUAUGGAAUCAAAGGGUGCUCAUAAGGCUGGCCUGGUAAAGGUGAUUCCUCCCCCGGAAUGGGUACCCCGUAAACAAGGAUAUGAUUUGAAGAACAUCAAUGUUACUAUUAAGACGCCGAUUUCGCAGGUCGUUUCCGGUAUGCAAGGAUUAUACCAACAGUUGAACAUUCAGAAACGUUCGAUGACUGUGCAGGAAUUCUACAACAAAACUCGCCACGAACGCCAUGCAACGCCAAAACACUUUGAUUAUGAAGAUUUGGAGAAGAAAUUUUGGAAGAAUGUAACGUAUGUGGCACCUAUAUAUGGGGCGGAUGUGCCCGGGAGUCUCACGGAUCCAGAGAUCAAAGUUUGGAAUAUAAACUGUCUGGACACGAUCCUGGACUAUGUGAAUGCGGAUUACAAUAUAUCGAUUGCCGGUGUGAAUACCGCCUAUUUGUAUUUCGGUAUGUGGAAGACCACCUUCGCUUGGCACACAGAGGAUAUGGAUUUGUAUUCCAUCAAUUAUCUGCACUUUGGGGCGCCUAAAACGUGGUAUGCAGUGCCACCAGAGCACGGGAGAAAGCUGGAAAAAUUGGCUGAGAGAUUCUUCCCUGCAAACUAUCAGGAGUGUAAAUCAUUCCUGCGACAUAAAAUGACUCUGAUAAGCACCCAAACGCUGAGGCAGCACGGAAUUCCGUUCAACAAAAUUACUCAAGAACCGGGUGAGAUAAUGAUUACGUUCCCCUAUGGAUAUCAUGCCGGAUUCAAUCAUGGUUUUAAUUGUGCCGAAUCGACGAACUUUGCCACCGAACGAUGGAUUGAGUAUGGGAAGCGAGCCUCGGUUUGCAAUUGCCGUCCGGAUAUGGUUAAAAUAUCGAUGGAAACAUUCGUGCGGAGGUUUCAACCGGAACGCUACGAACGGUGGCUACGGGGUGAGGAUUAUGGUUACCAUCCGGAGGAUCCGAACAACUAUUGUGUAGCACCCAAACCGAGGGUCUUGCCCAAAAACUAUAGAAAGAUGCAGGAACAAAUGGAUAUCCAGAAGCGAGGCUGUGCUCCCAUCAAAAUGGACAAAAAAAAAACUCCCAAAAAAGCAGAAAAGCCAAAAGAAAAACUUAAAAGCAUUUGGAGCAGACUGGAGGGUCGAGAGGGAGGAAUAGCUACUAAUUUGUUAAUGGAUGGACCUGUCAAGAACACCAACCGGAUUCGAUUCCAGACGCGUACGAUUUUGUUGUUUGAUGAUUGAUAGCAACCAGCUGGAUCUGGACUAUAACUGAAACGAAUUUAGUGCAAUUUAUCGCCAGGGAUGGAGGUUAUAUUUGACCAUGUUCCAAUUAUGUAUAUUUUGUAUAUAAAACGCGUGAACAUAUUGUAGAUCUCAUGAAAAUAUUUUAUUUUUUAAAGUCACCCUGAAUUUUGUGUAGUUUAAUACAACCGUAUCAAUACAAUUUCUUCUGUAAACAAUGAACUUUCAAUUGGCGAUCUAACGCAAAACGUAAACGAUCGGUGAGACAUCUGGAUUUUGUUUUUGAACUAAGAAAAUGAUGCUAAUGUAACCUAAAACUCAAAAACAAAUCACGUAUAUUUUACUUCCGGGCUUUCCAACGUAGUUCUCACAUGCAGGAAUCGUACAUUUUUCCACUUGUGUUUGAUUGUACUCACGAAUUUCCUUCUUUAAUUCAACCAUUGUCAACAUUUUUAUAGUUUUCACUACUGA